AUGCCUUACUCGUAUACCCCGUCCCUUUCUUACCAGCCGAUGUUGUCAGCAAGAUUUUGGGCUUCAGCUUUCUCAGUUUCUUUGGGGUCGUUCCAUCCCCAACCAUUUGGGGGCAACUUGCAAGCAUUUAAUGGGCUGGAUACUUCCAGAUCUCGCUAUAAAGAGCCCAAAGCUAAAAUGCCAUUUCUUGAGUUUGAUAGAAAAAAUUCAAAGGCAUGGAUUAGAAGAUGCAACAGAUUUUUUGACCUUUAUGGAGUGGACGAGGAGGAGAAAAUGACAUAUGUCUCCAUGAAUUUGAAGGAUGAAAUUGAUAUGUGGUUUGAUAAUUAUGUGUUUGACAAAAGAGGAAGGGUGACUUGGCCUAUAUUUUGCUUAGGUGUAUGCAUAUGCUAUGGCAAUAUUAGGCCAACACAAAUUAUCAAGGAGUUUAAACAAGUGCAACAAGUGGCCAACGUUGAAAGUUAUCAGAAGAAGUUCGAAGAAUUAAGGUGCUUGAUGGGGGUUACCAAUCCAAAUUUAGACGAGGCAUAUUUUGUUGAGUGUUUCAUUAGUGGCCUUACAUUGGAUAUUCAAGAUAAUGUAUCACUGGCUAAUCCCCGUAGCUUAGUGGUUGCAUAUGACCUUGCAAAAAUUCAUGAAAGAAAGGCGGAAGCCAUGUACAAAAAGUUCGCAGCAAAAAGUGCUCUCAAGAGGGAGGAGGGUGUAGAAGAAGUAAUGGUGGAAGAAACAGGAGGGAUAGGGGAAGAAUCGGAAUCUCAAGACCAAGAAGAGGGUGAAGUUUCAAUUAAUGCAGUAUUGGGCCUGGGAUCUAAUGCUAAAACAAUCAAAAUACAGGGUUGGGCCCAGGUCCAGUGGCUUCAGAAGCCCAUGAAGGUGAAGGUUGCUAGCGGUCACAUUCUGGACUAUCACGAAUUUAGUCCAAAUUUUAAGUGGAAAAUGGGGAAAGAAGAGUUUGUCUUUCAAGUGGGGUUGUUGAAAGUAGGAGGUUGUGAUAUGGUGUUAGGAAUGGACUGGCUCAACACCAUUGCCCCAAUUUUACUACAUACUCGUCCCUUGAGCAUCACCUUCAUUAAAGGAGACAAAAGACUAACGUUACUAGGGGAUCAAGAGUCGCAAGCCCUGUCCAUAGCUGAUUCUAAAACAAUAGACAGGUCGUUGCUUACUGGACAAUGUAGUUGCUUGGGCCAACUCUUCGAGUUAAGCCAGGAAGAUCUAGCCCAUAACAAGGAGACCAUUCAUGAAGAAGUCCAGUACUUAUUGACCAAAAAUAAAGACAUUUUUUACGAGCCACGAGGGUUACCACGACAUCGCAGCUGCGACCAUCAGAUCGAGCUACUACCUGGGGCCAAGCCAGUAAAUCUCAGGCCCUAUAGGUACUCAUUUGAACAGAAAAAUACCAUUGAAAAAAUAGUGGCUGAAAUGCUUGAUGCCCAGACGGUAUCUCCCGGUAUAUCCCCCUUUGCCUCUCCAGUCAUUUUGGUAAAGAAAAAGGAUUCAAGUUGGCGAAUGUGUGUGGAUUACAGAAAAUUAAAUGAAGCAACAGUGAAGAAUAAAUACCCAACUCCGGUGGUAGAAGAUUUACUGGAUGAGCUUAAUGGCGCAAAAUUAUUCUCCAAAUUGGACCUUCGUUCAGGAUAUCACCAAAUCAGAAUGAAGGAGGGUGAGGAGCACAAGACGGCUUUAAAAACUCAUCAUGGGUUAUGGGAAUUUAGAGUUAUGCCUUUUGGUGCAACACUACAAGAUCAUCUCAAACAUCUGGAACUUGUGUCUAGGGUGCUUCGAGAAAAUCAGCUGGUGGCUAAUAGGUCAAAGUGUUCACUUGCACAAACUCAAGUAGAGUAUUUGGGCCACAUCAUUUCAGGAGAAGGGAAAGGAGCUGAAAAUUUGGCAGCAGAUGCUCUGUCAAGAAGGUUUGAAACAGAGGAGGAAGAAGAAUGCUUAGGAUUGUCCAUAGCUCAGCCAAAGUGGGUGUCUGAAGUGGUAGAAAGCUAUGAGAAUGACCAAAAGAUUCAAGAAUUGCUCACUAAUCUCUCGUUGGGCCCAAAUGCAGUACCUAACAUUUCAUUAUAA